AUGGAUGUAGAAACGGUUUGUAGAGAUUUCGUUUUUUCUCUCAAAAAUGACAAUACUGUGCCCUUCGACAUGUAUACUCUCAUCGAUGCCCAUACACGAGGCCUGCUCGAGGAUAAACUCGAUUUCCCGGACGAUAAGUUAGACAUUUUAUAUGAAGAGUACGCUAGCAACUAUACAAACGAUGAAAGGGUGUACGAUGUGUUCGCCUCGUGCUUCGUUAACAGAGGCAUGUGGAGAAGAGCACGCUCAGCCCUCUUAUCGAGACUGUACUUCCUGGAAAAGGACUCGGAGGAGUAUAAAUCGGCCACCAAAAAGCUCAAUUUGGUCGAGGAGAAUGUGGUGUCAGAGCUUAUACCGCUGCCAAGUUCCAUGGUGGAAAGGCUGUUCUUGAGGGAGCACGAGUACAAUUUUAAGUCCUGGAGGUCUAAAAUGUACCACACACAAGUGCUGGCUCCACACACCUACGGGACCCUGAACCAGAAGAACACGUUUGUGUCGAUUAGCAGUACCACUUUGAAGUCGGGAGUUCUGCUGUUCAAGACGACGCCGGUGGCGGUGGCGCCCUGGGCAAUUAAGCCGACGGGGCAAACGGACGCGAACAUGUGCAAGGGGAGAGUGUACUGCUGUUUUCAUUGUCUGGCGCUGGUAAACAAGCCCUGCGACAACACGCGCGAGGACAGGAGGCUCGUCGCAUGCCCGAAGCACCCGAGGGAGUGCAACUACUUCUUCUGCUCGAAGGAGUGUUUUCUGAAAAACGGAGCUGUGCACUCGAUGGAGUGCGAACACCUAAUAAAGCUGCAAAAGUUCUCUGAAUAUUAUUUGAACCCGGCGAUCGUGCUGCUGGUCUCGAGAGUCCUGAUCAAGUGCAGGCUCAACAUGGACAGCACGAGUCGAGUCUGCGAGCUCGACGAAGAGCGCGGAGCCACCACGGAGCUGCUCGACUCCCUGCUCAACUACUACGUCGACUACUCGUUUCUCAGGCUGCACCACCCGCGGGUGUUGGACGAGGUGAACAGGUUCGCCUCGUUCUUGCUGGACACUCUGGGCUUCGAUUUCUGCCUGCACCUGACCACGCGGGAGCUGGCCCACAUCACCACCGUGGUCUGGAUAACCAGCGUUCCCUUCACGUCAUAUCUGAACUACUCGACUGAGUCCGAGGAUGUGACUGGGGGCACACUCUUCACGUUUAAGAUACUGCAGUUUAAGCAGUCGCACGCGCCGAACUGCGUGGCCCACUUCGACGAGGGGAAGCUCACGGUGAGAUCGAUUUAUGAGAUAGCGCCAGGCACGGAACUGACGAUAAGCACGUUCCUCGACAAGUACCUGCCGCCCUUCAUCCAGACUAGGAGGUUCUGGUCAGUGGGAUCGCUGUUUUCAGCGCAGCAGAACGAAAAAUUGAGCACGAACGCCAAGUUCAACGACCUCACCUCUAUCAGGUGUAGAAAGUGCAUAAAUUCGUACUGUUACACGAAGGGCUAUACGGCAUCGGAGUACGUGAACUACCAGUGGGAGUGCGAUCAAUGCUCGUAUCCGGAUGCUGACGAGCUCGACCUUUUGCAGAACAAAGCGGAACACCUGUUCUCUAAGGCGCAGAAACUCUACUUCGAGGGCGAGUUUCUGCAGUCCAAGAACCGCCUGCUCGAGUUCGUGAGCAACUGGGCGGGCGUGCUGCAUCCUGCGCACUACCUGAUGUACAACGCGUACCUGAUGCUGGCGGGCAUGCUAAUGAAUAAGCCGGGAGGGAACAUACACGAGUCCCUGGUGUACCUGCGGAAGGCGCUGAUACAGGCCGAGAGAAUGCUGCCCAUCGUCUGCCACGAGAAGGCGUACCUCUACGACAGGCUCGCGGACUAUGUUCUCAGGGUCAAGGGCUGCACGCGGCUCAAGAGCGCCGAGUACAACCAGACGAAGCAGCUCAUCAUGAGCUCGCUUUACAACUGCGUGUGGAACUGGACGGUAAUAUCAGGCACGGACUCGUACCAGGCGAAGUCAGCGAUGCAGAAGUGCAGGAGCGUGGCGUUCUCACUUAACAUUCACACGUUCCCGCUGUCGAAGGAGUUCGUGAUCAACGUCCCGAGCAAGUACUCGGUGCUCUUCAGGGCAGCCACAGGCUCAAAAUUGUCGGAGACCUACUCAGUGGACGACGUAGCCUCGAUGGCGUUCUGCGCAGCUCAAAGCGGCGAGUACGACGCCAUCGUGCUGGACAUUUUGACGACGAUACAGGCGUAUGGAAUUCACCAGUUGGGCACGGGACUCUCGGUAGUGGGAAUUAUCGCGUCCAACUUUAACCUGGACUUCCUGAGCGCAAUGUUAAAUUCAAUCCACGAUCGCACGAAACAGCACCUGGAUUUUAUAAGCAAAUCUGUGAGGGCAGGGUCGUAUGUGGUAAAUUUGGCGUACUCGGUUUUCGGCGCCAACGAACUGGGGAUUGACCCGCUCAUCGCGCUUAUUAGCAGCCCGUAUCCGACGAUGGAGAACAAAGAGUCUGAGAUCGCAAUGUACGCGAACACCGAGAGGGCAAUGGUGAACUUGCUGUUGACGUACGGCAAGAAGAUCAGGAAUCUUCUGAAGGAUUACAGGGAUCUGAUCAGUCAGAGGGCAGCGCCAGCUGAUUUCUACGCGUUUCUGAGCUCCGACACCGACUUUCAGAGGAUCCUGAUCAACAGGACGACAAAUCAGAUGCUAGGAUCGCAGACGCCGCUGCACUACGCAUCCUCAAAGGGCAAGACUGAGGUGGUAGAGGUGCUGCUGAAGCACGGCGCGCCAGUCAACAGCCUCACGCACGAAGGAGCGACUGCCCUUCACCUGGCGGCACUCAAUGGGCACCUGGAAGUGGUCAAGCUCCUGGUCAACAGCCGCGCGAGCCUCCAGCUAUCGCUGAAAACGGGAGAAACGCCACUGCACCUAGCCAUAUACGGCUUACACGUGGACGUGGUCGCCUUCCUCGUUGACCUUUAUAGGGACCAAAAUCUGCAGAGCAUGAAGGGGCCCUCGUUGUGGCACGCCCUGGUGUGCGGCAUAUUUAGGGAAGACGACCAGAGGGCGCCGAAAGACCUCAAGGAACCACCGCAGCCGUUCGAGAAUGUGAUCGGCCGCUUAUCGCUGGCAGUUGAAAUGGCGAAGCUGCUCGUGCAGAAGGCGGAGACUGAGAAGUGGCUGAGCACGUACGUCUGGGCGAACCAUCUGCCCUCGCAGCUGCUGCAGCAGCUCUGGGACCGCGCCUUCGAGUCAAGCUCGCUCUUCUACUUCCCCAAGAGGGCUCCCACGGUCUACGUCGUGUCGAACCCGAGGGGCGUGAUGGAGUCGCCGAUGAAAACGCUGCAAACGCCGGAUUCUAACGGAAAGGCAGGCCUCUACGGGUCGCUGAAGGCGUCCAAGUACAACGUGAAUAACUACAACGAGCUCAACCAGAAGAACGACGCUGUGUUUAGCGCAGCAAGGACCUUCCACUUCCUCGUGGAAAUUAUUAAGAAGAUGGAGGAACAGUGUGCGAAUUUAAACCAGUAG